ACAUGUCAUCUUCUCCACUCGAGGCUAUCUAUAGCAUCGAUAGCUCCGAAAAUUUCCAAAUCAAGAAGGAAAAAGGACAACUGAGGAUAUCUUUUUGUGAUUAUUUUUUCUUUUCCUACCUGAUGAAAAUCGUGAGUCGUCGAUCAAUCGCUUUCUGAUCUAUAUGCGUAAUCUCUGUAAGUUUUUUAAGUCAUGUAUGGUUUUCGAGCUUCGUGGUGAAGUUGCUGGCAGAGGCGGUCCCAUGUAUAUUCUUCCAGAUUGACAGGGCAGUGUUCCUCAUGGAAUCUUAAGUUCCUUUAAAUAUUGUUGGUUUCCUCCGGGUGACUAUCCACUGAGUUGAAGACGUCAGGCUUUCUACAAGGGAAAAUGAUGGAAAAUAAAGAGAAGAAGUUCCUUACAGUAGCGCCCUUUGAGUGUGCUUGGAGACCGGAUUUGAAAUUCCGGGAAGCUGGUAGGGGUUGUGUGGCUUUUGAAGCUUUCGCUCACAAUGAUGUCACUGUUGUGUUCCGGGAGAAUGUUGGGAGCCAGCAUUAUCAUUACAAGAGAGAUAAUAGCCCUCAUUACACAGUGAUUAUUGGCAGUAACAGGAACAGGAGAUUGAAAAUUGAGGUGGAUAAUAAAACUGUGGUUGAUGAAGCUGGAGUAGGGCUGUGUUGUUCUUCAGCAUUUCAGAGUUAUUGGAUUAGUUUUUAUGAUGGUUUGAUUUGUGUUGGGAAAGGAAGAUAUCCAUUUCAGAAUCUUGUCUUCCAGUGGUUAGAUUCAAAUCCAAAUUGCAGCGUCCAAUACGUUGGACUCAGUAGCUGGGACAAGCAUGUGGGGUAUAGAAAUGUCAAUGUGUUGCCCCUUAAAGGAAACCAUAUAUUGCUGUGGAAGCAAGUGGAUUACGGUGAAUAUAGUGGGGAGGAGAACAGUGACGAGGAGUUGGAAGAUGCACAGAUAGGCUAUGAAAAAUGGGGCCUUGAAAAUUUUCUCGAGAGUUGGGAGUUGUCUGAUAUGUUCUUCGUUGUUGGUGCUGAGGAAAAACCAGUGCCUGCUCACAAGGUGGUCUUGCAAGCAUGUGGUAACUUUCCUCUGGCUUCAUCUGGUGAAGAUGUUAUUCAGUUGCAGGGGAUAGCAUAUCCAAUUCUACAUGCACUUCUUCAAUAUAUCUACACAGGAAGGACCCAGAUUUCAGAAUCACAACUAGGUUCUUUACGGGCUUUGAGCUUACAAUUUGAUGUAAUGGCAUUGGUGAAGCAAUGUGAGGAAACCAUGGAGCGGUUUAAACUAAACAAAAAGUUGUUUGAUUCUGGAAAGAAUGUGGAAUUGUCUCAUCCAAGCUCUAGGCCACAAUGUUGUGUCUCAUUUCCCUCGGGACUUCCCAUCAAGAUGCAGAAGCUGAAACAAAUGCAAUCGAUUGGCCAAUACAGUGAUGUACACAUUUAUAUUGAUGGUCAUGGUCUUGUUUCACAGCCUCACAAAAUCAUUCUUAGUUUGUGGAGUGUCCCAUUUACAAAGAUGUUUACAAAUGGAAUGAGCGAGAGCAUUUCCUCCAUGGUUCGCUUAAAAGACAUAUCACCAGAAGCAUUCAAGGCGAUGCUUGAAUUUAUGUAUAGCGGGGAGCUGGAUAUGGAAGAUACUGCAGAUUUCGGUACCUUGUUACUUCAGGUUCUUUUAUUGGCUGACCAAUUUGGAGUCACGCUUCUCCAACAGGAAUGCUGCAAAACUCUGUUAGAAUGCCUUUCAGAGGACUCAGUAUGUCCAAUCUUGAAAGCGGUUUCAUCGAUCCCAUCAUUUAAACUUGUCGAAGAAACAUGUGAGAGGACAUUUGCUAUGCACUUUGACUAUUGUACUACUGCAAGCCUCGACUUCAUCUUGUUAGACGAGACAACUUUUAUCAGUAUCAUUAAGCAUCCAGACCUGACAGUAACAUCUGAAGAAAGAGUUCUUAAUGCAAUAUUAACGUGGAGCACCAAAGCUAAUGAAUUGUAUGAGUGGGAAUUGGUCGAUGAGCUACUGAUAAGUUCAACUCCUGAAAUCGUUUUCACUGAGAGGCUUCACUCGGUUGAUGUUGCGUUGCCAUUCGUGCGUUUUGCGUUGCUUUCUCAUGCCUUGCUUAAGAAGUUGGAGACGAGCAAUCUUGGCAGGCAUAUUCCUGCUUUUGGCAUACUUGUGAAGGAGGCCAUUGAUUCUGCAGAAUCUGGAUUGGCAAAGUCUGGAGAGGACCAAAAUAUAAGAUUUCAACAUCGGCAAUCUAGUUUUAAAGAGCUUCAGUAUAUAUGUGAUGGUGACAGCAAUGGAGUUCUGUAUUUUUCUGGCACGUCAUAUGGGGAUCAUCCCUGGGUUAAUCCUGUUCUCUCUAAGAGAAUCACCAUAGCAGCAAGCAGUCCUACUUCAAGAUACACUGACCCCAAGGUGUUGGCUUCGAGAACUUACCAGGGAACAUCUUUUGCUGGACCUCGCAUGGAAGAUGGACAUAAUUGUGCAUGGUGGAUGGUUGACAUUGGCCAAGAUCAUCAGCUUAUGUGCAACUAUUACACUCUGAGACAGGAUGGAUCACGGGCUUACAUAAGAUUCUGGAAUUUCCAGGGCUCUCUAGAUGGGAAAACCUGGACAAACUUGAGAGUUCACGAAAAUGACCAAACGAUGUGCAAGCCUGCGCAGUUCGCCUCGUGGCCUAUAAUCGGACCAACUGCCCUACUCCGGUUUAGGUUCUUCAGAGUUGUUCUGACAGGUCCCACAGCAGAUGCUUCUAAUCCAUGGAACUUUAGUAUUUGCUUCUUAGAACUCUAUGGAUACUUUCACUGAAGAGUUGGUUAAUUCUGGCUUGUAUGAUAGAACUUCUCAACGUCUGUGUGAUAUAGAAUGCAUUUAGAAAAUAAAGUUGAGAAACAAGUACUCAGGACAUAUGCUAAACGAUUUUGUUUUUUCUUUUCCCUGUGAGGGAAUAAUCUCCUUGAAGAAAGUUGUUGUCAAAGGACUCGAAGUGUUUUAAGACAGAUUUUAUUUGUGGC